AAGCCUGCACACAGUGCAGACACGUAUAUAUCCCCCCUCCCUGUGCACAUACUAUAUAAAGUGACUGCAGGCAGAAAGAAGAUAUUAACACAGACAUCCCCAGACUCACCCAUUGCACAGUGCAAACAGCACAGAUAUGUCGGCUGUGCCUCUUACUAGGAUGCUGCCGCUCGGGUUUCUCGCUCAUCUGCUGCUUUUCUCCUUCAUUCCACUCUCUUUUUGCAUGGAUUUUUCUGAAGAUACUGGCAAACUAGAUAAAUUCAGCCUGCUCCACAGGAGAGGAAAUCAGUGGGCAAUUGGGCAUUUCAUGGGUAAAAAGAGCCUGCGAGACACAUACAAUUUAGGUAAACAGGACAUGGAAUCAGAAGACUUUCAUCCAAAGACCAUGGAAAGUAUGAGAGGCACCUUCUUUCGAGAGCCACUUAGAUCACUGUUGCCCAGCCAGAGAGAGGAAGCACAGCUAUUAAAGAAGAUCAUGGAUCAUUAUAUUAAAACGUCUCAGAAGUAGCGAAGAUAUUGAUUCUCCUGUAUGUACAAAGAGAUAUAUAUUUGUGCCUGAGACAUAAAACUUAUUUCACACAUUCCAAAGGCUGUUGUUUACAAAUAAAAUCAUAAAAGCUAAUAAAGAUCGGAGUGUUUCUGUUCAUACAAUGAUUCUGGAAUUCAUUUUUUUACAAAAUUGUUAAAGUAAAAAAGCAUCAUCUCUAGAAUAUGUUCUGAAUAUUUUUUCUGCCAUUUGACCUAGUGUUCUAAGAAAACUGUAAAUAAAAGCCAUUCUUUGCUCAUAAA